CUGGCAACCACGGUUCGCUCUCAGCUUGUAUGAAGAAGGGGGCAGGUGUGACGGCUCCCCGUGAUACUCCUCUCAUUCUGUCAUUAUGUGUAACCUGCUCUUCAUCCACAAGCAGAAGGACGGUUUCCGACGAUAAAGCAAAAAAUAAAAAAACGAAACACCAUCGGGUUCUCAAUUUCUUCGUGCAUUCAGAAGCCGGUGACUGUAUUUGAGACAUUGAGCUCAGUAAUAAGGUAUGGCGGCCGCACAAAUGGACUGAUGAACUGAGGAGGCGACUGACCUCUCCCACAUGCACCGGUGUUACGGAGAAGCACAUCUGCAUGUGUUUUGUGAGACAUCUUUAACCUGAACAGCUCUCCCCUCUGUAUGAUGACUUCACCACUAUGGCCAGUGAACCUCUCGAAGGCUUCCAUGAAGUGAACUUGGCCUCACCAACCACCCCCGACGUGCACGGUCUCUCCGAGUCCCGCAGUCCCGGGCAUAGUUCCUUGCCCAGCACUCUCUACCGCGCUCCUGCCCUCAGCACUGCUCCCUGCCCGCCCAGUGCCCUCUGCGCGGACCAGCUCCCCACCCAGCCUGUCUACUCCGCCCCCAGGCACCGGAGCAGUGAGGAGGCCCACAAUGGAAGCAUUCCAGGAUCCGAGGCCCAGCCCUCUGCCUCUGGCCCCGCCUCCUCGGCAGGCUUCAUCAGAGUGGAGGCAGAGUCUGCUGAGGGCGGGGUCCUGAGCAGCGAGGAAGGUGAGGAGACUCACGGUCUGAACACUGACGGCCUGUCACACCUCAGGAGCCCCUCCGUGAUGGAAGUAAGAGAGAAAGGGUAUGGGAGGUUGAAGGAGGAGCUUUCCAGAGCGCAGAGGGAACUUAAGUUAAAAGACGAAGAAUGUGAAAGGCUAUCUAAAGUAAGGGACCAGCUUGGGCAAGAACUGGAAGAGCUCACAGCUAGCCUGUUUGAGGAGGCCCACAAGAUGGUUCGGGAGGCCAACGUGAAGCAGGCGACAGCAGAGAAGCAGCUGAAGGAGGCCUUAGGGAAGAUCGACGUGCUCCAGGCCGAAGUGGCGGCCUUGAAGACCCUGGUACUGUCCACCUCGCCCACGUCCCCCUGCAAGGAGCUGCCCACCGGCCCCAAGGUGCCUUUCAGGAAGGGCCACGCCCGCAACAAGAGCACCAGUAGCGCCAUGCUGGGCAGCCAGCAGGAGUUCAGCGUCACGCAGCCCAUUGUGCGCGACUGCAAGGAGGUGGACAGCCUGCUGUUCAGCGAGUUUAAGGCCUGGAGGGAGGAGCCCACCCUGGAGAGGAGCUGCUCCUUCUUGGAGCGCAUCUACAGAGAAGACAUCUACCCCUGCCUCACCUUCUCGAAGAGCGAGCUGGCGUCGGCCAUCUUGGAGGCAGUGGAGAGGAACACACUCAGUGUGGAGCCGGUGGGCUUCCAGCCGCUGCCGGUGGUGAAGGCGUCGGCCGUGGAGUGCGGGGGUCCAAAGAAGUGCGCACUCAGUGGACAGACGAAAACCUGCAAGCACAGAAUCAAGUUUGGCGAAUCCAGCAACUACUACUAUGUGUCUCCGUUUUGUCGCUACCGGAUCACCUCCGUCUGUAACUUCUUCACCUACAUCCGCUACAUCCAUCAGGGCCUCGUCAAGCAGCAGGACGCUGAACAGAUGUUCUGGGAGGUGAUGCAGCUCCGGAAGGAAAUGUCUUUUGCAAAGCUCGGCUAUUACAAGGAUGAUCUGUGACGGGAGAGGAGGGGUGACACGGGGCCUCGUCCUGAUCCUCCCCGAGAUGGACGGGAAGCGGUCUGCUCUCCUGGUAGCCUGCCGCACCCACCACUACCGCCUCCACCCCGCGACUCGUAACCACGGAUACAUCCAGCCACGGGACGGCUGCGGACUUAGCUAUAAGCCAGGCCGACAUUCGUGGUAUACCUUCACGUUGAGAUAUUAAAGCGGCAGACGCCGACCCGGGGCUGCUGCUCAAUCUGAUGACAUGAUGUGUUUUGAGAUGCUGAAUAGAUUUCUCAUUUAAAAAACAAAUCUCUAGGGUUUGAACCAGUCUGUGUUCUUUUGCGGAACAGUGAUUUAAAAGGUACAAUGGAGGAGGCUGACGCCAUGUUGAAAAUUGUGAUUUUUAGACUGUACAAAUGAAUGGUGUCCAGCUCAUUAGUUCUCAAGCCCAAUCAGCUGGCAAAAUGUGGCCGUGAAAUUGUGCGUGUAAAUGUACAGGAAAUGUGCUGUAUGUUUGUUUAACCUGUCUGUUCGUAAGAUUUUAUUUUUUUUUGUUUUUCUUUUUGCACUCUGAUCUUACAAAGCUUUCCUUUCUUUUAGUGCCUUUCUGGAACAUACUGAAUAAAAUUGUAUACCUCUGGAACACAUAAUUAAGUGUAGGAAGGAAAGUGUGGGGGGGAGGUUCUCCUGAUCAGAGACGCACGCAGAAAGCUUGACUUCCAUGUCUGAGUAGAAAAUAGUAGGCAGCUCCUAAAACAUGCCAUUAGCGGGGGUGGGGGGGGGCGGGGGGAGUAGCAGAAUGCCUGAGAGAAACUGUGAUGAGUGGUGGGGGGGGGUAGAAGGGACCAAUGGUAUGGCUAAUAGCUGGAUGACUGCGGUGGCUCAGUGGGUUUGGACAUUGUGCCUGCAAUCAGAAGGUCAUUAGCUCAAAUCCCAGGGUCGGAAGACCGAUUUCGCCGUCGGGCCCUUGAACGAGGUUCCUGUGGCGGCCUGGGCCUGCUUGCUGAAAAAUGUUUGUCUCUUUGGAUAAAAGUAUCUGCUAAAUAUAUAAAAAAGUAUUUAAUUUCCUAAUAAUUAAUAAUUUAAUACCUCUUUGGUAACAGAAGCCGAGUUUGUCUCUGUCGCAGUCAGCAGGCAGUGGGAUGUUCAGGGGCCGACGUUGCCCAUUGCUGUAGCUCCGCUUACAGUAGUGUAUCGGUUUUAAAGUUAACGGUGGGGGUUUUGGACAUGUCACACAGGCAGACGGACAUACUACAGCGCAAUACCCUAACAAGCAAUACUGCAGGCUUCAUAACUUGACUGAUGAAAGACGAGGCGUUGGUUGGCGUAUCAGUGAGGUUUCAUGAACGCUACGUUUUUCUUCGCAUUUGGUCAUUGUGGCCGUUGGUUUGACAUCCGUGUCUCUGUCAGUCAUCUACAGUCUACGCCUGCCUGGGUGAACGUGUGUAAGACUGUGCCCUGGUACCAGGGGCCACUGGGGCUCUCAACAUCCUUACUGUACAUCCUUCCCAGAACAGGACUGCAUGUCCUCACUGUCUUUACUCCAGUGUUUCUUCAGUUAUGUUUUCGCCUCUAGAAUUAAAUACUAUGAGAAUUAGCAAUGUUUUUGUUUACAUAAAUGCUUGUAUUGUCUAAUAUAGUGUCUUAUAACUGCUCUAGGGAAGCAGAAACCUGGUGGUGUUUCACAAGUUAAUGGUAAUUGCACAUAAAACGUGGGUAUGGUGACCUUUGUGCAUCAUAUGCAUUGGAGUUAAGGGCCAUUCAAUAUGCUGCAAAAAACAAACAUAGGGACUAAUAAGAGUGUCUUGGACCAAUAGGAGCCGCUCAUGUAUGGAGAUCUGCAGACUGAUUGGUCUGUCGGUCUCCAUGCUGUGUCAGGUACCCGCUAAACCACUGGACUGAGUGCUGUAUGAAGCCUGCUGAGCCUUCUGGGUCGAAAUCAGGCAUGUCAGAGGCGGAGUCUGCUGUAGUCCGGUCUGUAUCGGGGCCCUUCCAUUUAGCAUACCGUCUGUUCAGUUAUCCUCCAAGAAUCAUUCCUGCCGUUAUAGCCAGAAGAGCAUAAAUACAAAUACAAACAUUUUUCCACAUCUGUGUGGCUUUAUCAUUUAUCAAACUGGUGGAGUGUUACAUAUUAAAAUAUGUUUGGAUAUGUUGGGCUUCCUUAACUCAUUCAGGAUGCCUAAUUGCUAAAUAUAUUUAAAAAAGAAGUUUUAAAAAGCUUAUGGAAGGACUUCAAAAAAAAAUAAUAAAAAGAUUUUUUUCCUCCAA